AUGUCUAGCGUAAAACGUCAACGACGUUCCAGGGUCGCUUGCAUACCAUGCAGAGACCGCAAGAGAAAAUGCGAUGGCCAUCAACUCUGUGGAACGUGCCGGGAAUUUGGAUAUGCAUGCUAUUAUGAUACUAGCACACGCAAGAAGAGGAACAAAAAUCUCUUUCCAGGCAGUCCAGCACAACCCCACCAGCAAGAAGCGCCCUUGAAUGACACACAACCGCAAUCAGCCCACUCGCCAGAUCACCGUCCGGAAAGUCCACAACCGCAGUCUCUAGAGUCGAAUUCUGGGGCAGCCUUUGUAAGGAAUUUGGGCCUGAAAAUAGACCCGGCCAAUGCCCCCGAACCGCAGCUUUUCGCUUGGAAUAUCGGUGCUCGCCAACUGCCUGGUACUUUUGCGCCGUUGAAUAUUGUCGACAUUGUUUCACAAGAAGAGCUUGCCAGACUGGCACGAGUUUACUUCGAUAAAGUAGACCCUUAUUACGGAUUCAUCGAUCAAGAUACUUUCUUCGAGUAUCUUGAUUCAAGGUGGUCUCGGCAAGGGACACCAGAGCCGUAUGACGCUGUUUUCUGUGGAGUCGCAGCUAUGGGUUGCCUUUUCUCUCAGAACAAAGCUACUCCUGCAGAAUCACAUCUAGUUGAGUCUGCUCGGGCAUCACUGGAGCAGUUUUCAAUGUCCGGGAUACCCUCCUUGACAAUCAUUUCUGGAUGGGCGCUGAGACUGGCCUACUUGCGCCUGACAGCUACACCCCACACUGCAUGGAUGGCAAGUUGCUCGCUAUUACACCUGCUUGAAGCAUCUGGCCUCCAUCUAGAGACCAAAUCCAAGCAUCUCCUAUUUACUAGACCACAGAAGGUCGACGUCAACAUCCGAAGACGGUUGUUUGGUUUUGUACAGUAUAUCAACACCUGGAUAUCUUUUGACCUGGGACGUUCUAGGGUGAUACUACUCGGCGCUUCGUAUAACGCACCUACACGCCGAGAAGGUGAUUAUACGGUUGAAAUGUUGAAUCUUCUACCUCUCUCGGAGAACCUGGAGCCAAACGUGUCAUUGGAUCCUACUCAGCUCAAGGCAACGUUUUUCAAUAUGCUUGAAAAUCUUGGAACACAGCCUCCCUUGGUGCUCUCUCAAUGUAAUAUUGUGCUCUGCAUUUUCAGACGACUGCGUGAACUGCGCUCGGGCAUGUGUGCGGAGCUCGAGGAUCAACUUCUUACUCUAAUGACAAAGUCCCUUACCUGCGCUAGAGAUCUGGCAUCUGAACGCUGCCCCUGGAGCCAUGUUGCCAAUGUCCCGUUCCAAAUUGUCUGUACCUUGCUUUCUAUGGAUACUCCUGCCUCGCUUUUACGAUUGACAGAGGCAAUGGACACUCUCAAGUUUGUAAUGGAAAUCUACGACACUGAUGUUAUGAAAGAGGCAUAUCGGACCGCGGGGUUGUUAAUUUUAUUACAGCAAAGAAGAAAAGAGAAGGAUGCCAGGUCUUUGAACAAUGUGCUUGAAAAGCAUUCCACGGCUCCUCCCGAUCCCAAUAUUGAUUUUCUCAACGAGGGAGUGCUUGAUGCUCACAAUUCGGAUUACUUUGGCGAUUUAAUGGCGGAAAUUCCUAGCCUGGACAGCCUUGACUUUGCGCAUAUUUUCAUGGCGGACUAUCAUGGGAUGCCUGAAAUGGCUUUAUAA